AAGGCGCUGGCGGGGAGGGUACAUUUUUUUUUUUUUUACAGUGGGUCACCAAGAUUCAACCGUUGCUUUAGGGUGACUUCUUUUGGUAGCCCGCAGCCUCCUAGAAAUGGCUCUCUGUGACUUCCUUCUCCAAAGCAGAGAUAAAGAAAGCAGCUGUAGUAGAAACUUUAUGAGAAGCCACGCUAAAGGCUGACAAAACUUCUCAAGCUCCCAGGGCGCAGGGAUGUGGGCAUAGGUAACACUGGAAAACGCUGGGGUGGCGGAGAGGCAGUUGGGGAGCACUGCCCCUUCAUAUCUUGGGAGGGCGUGGUUUCACCCAGGAAGAAGUGGCAAGUAUAGAAUGCAUGAGCAAGGGAUUCAGCUUGGGCCAACUGGGGAUGAGGGUCGGGGAGCAGAGGGUGACGUAGAAGUGGCAGCCCGAGGCAUCUCACCAGGGCCCUGGCGAGGAUGUGAACAGCACUGUUGAUAGCGCUGAAUUUUAGUUUUGGCUGUACAUAGGUUGGUGUUUAAGGCAAAUAUUAUAAACCCUUCAAUCCACGGUGCGGGCUCAGGUCCACCCACCCCUUCCUCUAAAUCACCCCUUUGGGCAGGACUGAGACGCAUCUGAACUCCAUGGACCUUAAAUCACAAUUGCUUGUAAGCGUCUGGUUUCCAGAAGUUGCAGGCUAGGUGAGCAACUUCCAGGAAAGCAGUGUGGUUCCUCUUUCCCUGCGGGCGGGGCGGGAGGGUAUGCCAUGUGAUGAUGUGCACCUGUGGCCCUUUCCCUCCUUUCUGCCGGGCCGGUCAUCCUGUUGUUCCUCAAGGAGGUUUGUCACUGGCUGGUUGCUGGGGCGAGGGCAUGUGAGACCUCCGGUGGGUGUGCGGGGCCGACGAGGGGAAAUGUCGAGUCAGCAGAUGUGCUUAUGGGAGGUGCUGUGUUUUUUGCCCUUCUAAGCAGGGCAUCUUAGCUUGUUCCUUUGGCAAAGGAUCUCUGAGGCAAAAGCUGGGUCCUAGCCAUGCCUGGCCAGGAGUCAACUCAUGCCACUCAAUUCUCAGGGCUUGCUGCUUUGCACUGUAUUAGUCUGUUCAGGCUACUGUAACAGACUACCAAAGACUGGGUGGCUUAUAAGUCACAGAAAUUCUCAGUUCUGGAGGCUGGGAAGCCCGUGAUCAAGGUGCCAGCAGAUUUGGAGUCUGGCGAGAGCCAGCUCCUUGGUUCAUGAAUGGCAGAAGGGGUGAAGGAGCUCUGUGGGGUGUCUCUUAUUAGACACUAAUCCCAUGCCUGGUGGCUCCAUGCUCAUGACCCAGGCAUCUCCCAAAGACCCCACCUCUUAAUACCGUCACUUUGAGGCUCAGAUCUCAAUCUAUAAAUUUUUUUUGGUGGUGGGGGGGGGAGGACACAAACAUUCAAUCUGUAGCAUGCGCUAAGAAACCAUAAAUUCUGGCUAAGGCUGCCACCAAAAUCUAGUUCUUGUUCCCCUGUGGCUCCCAUUUGCCUCCUUGUCAUGGGAUCUUUCUGCUAAGGUAGCAGAAAGCCAGAACAUUUGAGUCCGUGCUCUUACUGCUUUCCCACGCAGCGCUACACUCCCAUCCAGUCCCCGAGUGAAUGCAUUCUGAGCCUUCUCCAUGCCCCUCACACCCUUCCCUUGCUCUUUCUAUCUUCUUGCUGAGCGUUCUGGUCUAUGCUUCCUCUUGACCCAUCUCACUUCCUGAAACACCCCUGAAGAGGGUUGCUUAUCUGGAUGGAGCUCGAGUGGCCCUCUGGGGGCAGGAGGCAGAGGCCUUGAGCGUGUCCGUCUGCGGAACUAAGAGAAGCGACACUUUCAGAUUCAACCCACAUAGAACUGUCCUUCACGCUUCUGGGAGCCCAGGGAUGUGUGGCCCGCAAAGGGGCGGAAAGUGAUUGCCCCUGGAUGGGCUCUCUCUAAGAAAAGCCGGGGUCUCCAAGGGAGUGUCCCACCAGAGAAGAGAAGAAAUGAGCGAGUCGUGAAUUUUAGACUGUUGCUGCUGCAACUGGACCUCUAGCGAGAUGCCUGGCAAGAGCUAGGCUCCCUGGGCCACGCAGAUCCUGUCAGCACGCUUGGGGAGAGCAAGAUGGCUGUCAAUAGCACUGCCCUAUUGUUGGCCAAGGUUACCUACAUCACCGUGGAGAUUGUCAUCGGGCUCUGUGCCAUCGUGGGCAACGUGCUGGUCAUCUGGGUGGUCAAGCUGAACCCCAGCCUGCAGACCACCACCUUCUAUUUCAUUGUCUCCCUGGCCCUGGCUGACAUCGCCGUUGGGGUGCUCGUCAUGCCUUUGGCCAUUGUCAUCAGCCUGGGCAUCACCAUCCACUUUUAUAACUGCCUUUUCAUGACCUGCCUGCUGCUGAUCUUCACUCAUGCUUCCAUCAUGUCCCUGCUGGCCAUUGCUGUGGACCGAUACCUGCGAGUCAAACUCACAGUCAGAUCCAGGAUUCCUGGGACCCCUGGGCAUGGUUUGUCAUUCCAGUUGAAGGUUGUUCACUUCCUUCCAGUCAUGGGGUCCUUCAUUCUGCUCUUCUGGACUGUCCUUUCAGAUGCCAUGGUCAUGGACGAAAAGGUCAAGGAAAGUUCUGUGCUGGACAUGGCUUCUGCUACCUGCAGCUACAAUACCCACAAUAAGGACCACCCCAAAUACUGGUGCCAAGGCUACUUCCGGGACUACUGUACCAUCAUUGCCUUCACACCCAACAGUACUGACCGCGUGGCCCUGAGGGACACAGGAAGCCAGCUCAUCAUCACUGUGUCCUGCCUGACCAAGGAGGAUGCGGGCUGGUACUGGUGCGGCAUCCAGCGGGACUUUGCCAGGGAUGACAUGGAUUCUACAGAGCUGGUUGUGACUGACAACAGAGGAGGCCUCGCCAGUGAUUUUUGGUCUGGGAAAAACCUAUCAGACAACAAUACCAGAAGCUGCCGGGCUUCAGGAGUGGUCCACAAGGCCGAUCGCUCCAGGAUGUCCAUUCUCAUAAUCUGCAUACUGAUCACGGGCUUGGAGAUCAUCACUAUAAUCAGUCAUUUGUCCAAAAGAAGGAGAAGUCAAAGGAAUAGAAGGGGUAAGUAGCCACUGGGCAGUGGGAAUUAGGGAAAAUGAAAAGGACCAAG